UGUAUCUUACUUACUCACUCCUUUCACAAACCCAAACCCUCAUUCUAAAAAAAAUGGGGUCUCGCACUCAGAACCUCUCCUUUCUCGUUCUCCUCCUCCUCGGCUUCGUUGCCGUCUCCUAUGCUUGCGACUGUAGCCCUCCUAAACCAUCACCAGCUCCUCACAAACCGCCAAAACAUCCCGUCAAACCUCCUAAACCACCUGCCGUCAAGCCACCUAAACCACCGGCAGUGAAACCGCCCACCGUUAAACCCCACCCUAAACCACCAACCGUCAAACCCCAUCCUAAACCCCCGACCGUCAAACCCCAUCCUAAACCACCGGCAGUAAAACCACCUACCCCAAAACCGCCCACCGUCAAACCCCACCCCCACCCUAAACCGCCCACCAAACCUCACCCUUACCCGAAACCUCCCAUCGUGAAACCACCUACCAAGCCUCCUCCGUCCACUCCUAAACCGCCCACCAAGCCUCCUCCGUCCACACCUAAACCGCCUACGACCAAGCCUCCUCCGUCCACACCUAAACCUCCUACGACCAAGCCUCCACCCGUUGUAACGCCACCGUGCCCGCCAACACCGACUCCACCUGUCGUAACGCCACCAACACCAACCCCACCCGUCGUAACACCACCAACACCAACUCCACCAGUCGUAACACCGCCAACACCAACUCCACCCGUUGUAACACCGCCAACACCAACUCCACCAGUCGUAACACCGCCAACACCAACUCCACCUGUUGUAACACCGCCAACACCAACACCACCCGUCGUGACACCACCAAUACCAACACCACCCGUCGUGACACCGCCAACACCAACCCCACCUGUGGUAACGCCGCCAACACCAACUCCUCCUAUUCCCGAGACUUGCCCAAUUGACACGUUGAAGCUAGGAGCGUGUGUGGACGUUCUUGGAGGUUUGAUUCACAUCGGGCUAGGGAAAAGCCACGCCAAGGAAGAGUGUUGUCCAGUUUUGGGAGGCUUACUUGACCUAGACGCAGCCGUUUGUUUAUGUACCACUAUUAAAGCCAAACUUCUCAACAUCAACCUCAUUCUCCCCAUUGCUCUUGAGCUUCUUCUCGACUGUGGAAAAACUCCACCCCCUGGCUUCAAGUGUCCCGCUUAAUCAAUGUAAAGAGUUGAAUCUCAGAAGGUUUCGUUUUUUUUUCAAAAAUUUGUUUCAUUAUCUCUUUUGGUAAUGGGAGAUUUAAAUGCGUGUGUGCGACCUUGAGUUUCAUGUUUCAUUUGAUACAAUAAAAUUAGGGGUUUGUAAUUUGGGUUUGAGAUCUCAAUUUCUUUGCGUUUUCAUGUUAUGUUAUGCUGUACUUUUAAGAAGAAGAAAAAAACUGUAAAACGAUAUAACUUUUUUUCUAAUAUAAACGAGUUUGUAUC